ACUAGGGGGAAAAAAAAAAUAAUAAAAAGAAAAAAAUCUUCGAACUGCAAAUGAAAAAAAAAAAAGAAAACCAAAAGUGAAGUGAAUUAAUAAUUCGUGUUAAUGUUAUAGAAAAAUAAAAAACAAAAUAAAAAUAGAAAGAGAGAGAGAGAGAGAGAGGGAGGAAGCAAAAAAGAAGACAAGAAGAAGAAAAAAAAAAGAAGAAGAAUCCCAAAAUUUUCUCAAUAAUGGAGAAAAUUCAUCAUGUCAGUGUUGGUGUUGGUGUAUUUGAAAAAUUGUCGAUCAAAUAUACAAACAAUUUGAUUAAUUUUCAUCAUCCUAGUGUUAAAUUAAACAAAAAAAAGGAAGAUUCUGAUCUUUUGGUAUCAGAGUCAAAUUAAAAUGCGAGAAUUGAACGCCAGUGCAUGCAACGCUUUGUACGAGGGCGUAGAUUGGUCCGGCCCGUGGAUCCUUUUAACAUUGAUCACAUUGGCAAUCGUUAACGUUAUGGUAGUGCUCGGUAAUGUUCUCGUUAUAUUAGCGGUAUAUUAUACGAACAAAUUAAGAAACGUGACAAACAUGUUCAUCGUAAGUUUGGCAGUUGCCGAUUUAUUGGUCGGAUUGGCCGUACUUCCGUUCAGUGCAACUUGGGAAGUAUUCAAAGUCUGGAUAUUCGGUGAUCUAUGGUGUUCAGUUUGGUUAGCAGUCGACGUUUGGAUGUGUACCGCGUCGAUACUGAACCUUUGUGCAAUCAGUCUCGACAGAUAUCUGGCGGUGACCAGACCCGUCAGUUAUCCCCAGUUAAUGUCACCGAAACGUGCGAAACUUCUAGUUGCCACGGUAUGGGUAUUGAGUUUCGUCAUCUGUUUUCCACCCUUGGUAGGGUGGAAAGAUAAACGGUCUCAUCCCACGCACAACGUGACAUUUACGCAAAACGGCCCUUUCAACACUACCACCAUCAUAGUACCGGUGAAACCAUGUCCAUGGAUCUGCGAGUUGACCAAUGACGCUGGAUAUGUCGUUUACAGUGCCCUAGGAUCAUUCUACAUACCGAUGUUAGUAAUGCUCUUUUUCUAUUGGAGAAUCUACAACGCAGCUGUUUCCACAACGAAAGCCAUCAAUCAAGGCUUUCGCACAACCAAGAAUACUAUAAAGUUUGGAUCUAGAUUCGAUGAACAAAGAUUAACUUUGAGGAUACAUCGAGGACGUGGUAGUGUUCAUAAUGGUAAUAGCAAUAACGGUAGUCCAAGAAGUCCGGAUUAUUCUAGUCGCAGUUCUGUAAGGAAAGAGAAGAUCAAGAUCUCGGUAUCAUAUCCGAGUACAGAAACAUUAAACACUAAGUGCAACACUCUUGAGAGGACUCCUUCCAAGUGUUCUCAGGUUUCCGUGCAUUACAGUAACGGACAAACGCAGACUCAGCUUUGUCAGGGUUCUAGGAGUACCCAUUUGAAGGUCGGUGGAAUAAACAGAGUGGGCAGUAUGAGAAGACCCAGCAGAAGGGGUAGUUGUGAGAGUCAGUUGACUGGUGACGAGGUUACCCUUCGGGAACUAGCUCAGGGACAAGAUGAAAAACCUAGAGUUUCUACGAGGAUGGGUAAACGAAAUUUAAAAGCUCAGGUUAAAAGAUUUCGUAUGGAGACGAAAGCCGCCAAAACCCUUGGUAUCAUUGUCGGUGGUUUCAUACUAUGUUGGCUGCCAUUCUUCACGAUGUAUCUAUUACGUGCAUUCUGCCCUAAUUGCAUCCACCCAACCGUCUUCAGUGUACUAUUUUGGCUUGGAUAUUGCAACUCGGCCAUUAAUCCUUGCAUCUACGCUCUAUUCAGCAAGGACUUUCGUUCGGCCUUCAAACAAAUAAUCUGCAGGUGUUUCUGCAAAAGACGAGACAACACAUUACGACGCGGUAGCGACGGCAGCCAAUUGGCGAUGAGGUGGGAGGAACAAAGUUACAAGAAGCGAGAGAAGUCCAAGUUGUACAAUGCGUGUACAACAGCAGCAGGGCGUUUCCAUGGAAGACUCAGACCAGGAUCCAGGAUCAGAACCGACUGUACAUUCGACGAGCGAGUCCAGAUGACUUUAACCGGUCGUAGUUGGUGCCCACCGCGUCAUCUUUGACCUCAUAACUUCGAACAUCUUGAGGAAACAUCUCGUUUUUAUCUUUCUCUUAUCAAAAAUACCAAAAAAAAAAAAAAAA